AUGGUGGAGCAUACCUGGAUGACGAAGGUCUUGUCCUGGAACCCGGGGUACAUCCCGAGCUGGCUCAUGUAUGACGCCUCGUUGAUGAAGUUCUCGAUGCCGUGGAAGACUCCCCGGCCGGUGGCGGAGAUGCGGCCUACUCACAUUGUGUCCCAUGACGGUGGCAAAGGUGUCGGCGAUCCAGGACAUCUCGCGCUCCCCGGUGCUCAUAUCCGGAGCAGGAACGUCGAUGCCGGGCCCUGCAAGAGCGCAUCGGUUCAGGGAGGACGCGAAGUGAAAAUUAGCCCACGUCAGCUGACUCGGUCUGAACUUCCUGUCACGGUGCUAACAGGCGCCGGGCGCGGGAGACUCACCUCCCUUGCAGGGCGUCCGGUGCUGGCUGUGCUGAGCCCGGUAGCCCUCGAUCACCUCCCACUCCCCGCUGUCUCUCUUGAUGGGGAAACUGACGCUCAGGACGUGGUUGCACGGCUUGAUGAUCCGCAGGAUCCCGCGGACCCGGCUCCUCUUCUGCUCGGCAGUCUCUCGAGUCUUCAGGUCUUCCACCAGCUUGUCCUCCACGAUAGCGGCGCCCUUAUCGAAGAAGCCCUCUACCAUAGUGAAGAAGUUCGGGUCGUCGGCCGGAUCUACGGCCUGGCUGUAGCCGCGGUGCCGCAGCAGGGACGCGGACGCCGGCAGAACAGAGUCAGCAGCGGCGGCGGGGUACCCCGAGGCCAGGACGCCGCCCGCUCCCCGGCAGGGAGCAUGUGUGACCAGAGAAAGAUCCACGUCUUCCUCGGGGCUCCUCCGCCCGCCUGCAGCCCAGCCUCAGAGCCCGGCGCCGGGUUAGAGGAAGACGAUCGUGCUCCUGCUCGCUGGAGACACCUGGAGCUCACCUGGAGGGACGGGCAGCUCAGACCUGCAGGUGAUCCUGGAAAUGAGACAGGAGAGGCGAGUACACACCAUGAUCCGACAAUCACUGAAGGCAAUUGGACAGAAAACAGAGUCGGACAGGAAGGAGAGACAGGAAGUCUGAAGGAGGAUCUGCGGCCUGAGAAGAAGUUUCAGGAGUCAGACGCUGGACGGGACGAUCAGCCAUCAGCUUCGGUUCACGAGUACCUGGACCGCUGUUUCCCUGCCACUCAACCAGAUCAUCGAAAACCUGAACAACCGCCAGCUGCCGCACCUCUUUCCUCCCAGACUCAUUACCUCACCACCUGGACUCUGAGCCAGGCGUUAAUCCUGAGACGCAGUGUCCAAUCAGCAUCCAGCCUAGAGAAAACCCCGCCCAAACACACCCAAACGCCUCCCUCCGUCUCGUCCAGCACCCCAGAGCUCUUCAGCCCAGCGACGCCAUCACCUGCAGCCUCUGCCGAGCUCUUCAGUCACCCCUGUCUGACCCCGAGAGUGGAGGAAGGCGGUGUUGUCCUUGAGGCCACCACCGAUGGGGUCCUCUGUUCUCAAGAGUCCACAACUAACGCCGAGUCCCCCGCCGUGUCCCCCAGCAGCAAAAAAGCCAGAAUCUCCCCACAGUCACCUGACAGAGGUGCCAACACCAGACUCCACAGUCCCACCACACUCCUGGCCCGAUGCGACAGACCAGGGGUGCGGUACUCAGUUCUGGUGGCGGUGGUUCACCCCUGUCACUUGAAGGAAGUCAAGGUGAAGUCAGGGCCGUCGGCGGGCGCCUCUGUGCCUUUAGCGUCUAUUGUAGUGACAGAUCAAUCUGGUGUUGAGAUGAAGGUGGUGCUAUGGCGGCGGGCUGCGUUCUGGGCGUUGACUGUCGGUCCUGGAGACGUUCUGCUCAUCACAGCGCUGCAGGUGAACGAGGACAGGUGGAGAGGGGAGACUGUGCUGCAGUCAACCUUCAGCAGCAAACUGCUCAACGUGGGACAGAUCACUUCCUCCUCUUCACCACCAGUUUCCCAGCAGGUUAAUGCUCGCUCUCUCAGGUGUCUGUGCAGCUUUCUCCGAGAGCGGCGCCCCCUCUUGGUGUCUCUGCCACGUCGCCCCCCUCAAGACCUGAACCGCCUCCCCUACGCCACGCUGAGGUCACUGAGGGCAAACGCACUGGUUCACGCCCUGCUGCAAGUCACGCAUACACACAUCAGCCCAGAGUGGCGUGCUGAGGCGGAGUCUCGCAGCAGGUCGGCGGUUCAGCUGAAUGCUGUCCUGACUGUGGAGCAGCCAGAGGACCAGCAGGGGGCGGUGUUACUGUGGGGAGCAGCUGUGGACUGGCUGCCUCGCUUCAGCAGAGACAAAGGGGCUGUUUGGGACUUCCGUGUCCUCCUGGUAAGGGAGGGUCUGACCUCUGACCUUCCAGAGCUGCACUCCACCCCCUGGAGCACCGUUCAGGCCGUGGACCCGACUGACCGCCGAGUGCAGGACUUCCACCGGACACGACGGUGCCAGAAAGGAAACAGCAGCACUCCGGAGCUGGACUUGGACACGCUGCUGUCCCAGAAGUACAGCGGUGAUGUGGAGCUCAGAGUCCAGGUCAUCACGUUCUGCUUUCAGGAUGCACCGGCUUCCCAGAAUGCACCUCAGCCCGUCCUGGACUGCUCCACGUCACUGGAAGGCAUCAUGGUGGCGCUGAGCGGUGACAUCACUUACACCGGCUGCGGGCGCUGCUCUGCAGAGCUCGACACAGACGCCAACGACAUCUACAGGCCGUGUUACCCCUGCCUGCCCCACACCGCUGUACGCCGCUACUACAGACCAGGUGUGCUGACGGUGAGUGGGCGGGGCUCCAUCCAGGUGUGUGUUCAGGUACCUCCUGAUCCUCUGCAGAAGAUCCUCAAGGCUCCGCCUGAUAAACUCCAUCGUAGCUCAGCUCCGGGGUCGGAGGUGAAACACAUCCAGGUGGCAGCAGAGAGGAUCCACACCCUCCUCUCCCUCCCGAGGAAGACCUUCAUCGCCACCAUCAGAAGCAACUUCCUGUGCGAUGAGAACAGCAUCCCCAUCAGUCAGGACUUCACACUGCUGGACCUUCAGUUCCUCCCUGAACCCCGCUGACCUCACAGUGACUGCAGACCUGAUGGCAGCUUUGGGAUCUGUGGGUCCUGAGGACACGUGUGACAUAAGUAAAGAAGCGGGCGGGGCUUAUCAGAGGUCAUAGGUCAAUAAAAACUCAUUUUCAAUGCUUCA